AUGUCGCGAAAUUGUAUCGGAAAUCUAUCACCGAUUCAACGAAAACUUUUAACAAAACGAAGAUGUCAAUCUACAUUCAAACCACUCAGUGGAUUGAAUAAAAAUAUCCGAAAAAGAACAUACUUAAAAAGAUUAAAUGAUAAUAAUUCUUUAAAACCACAUCAAAUUGAAUGUGAACGAUUGAAGGAAAUUCUACCAACUGUUGCAAACUGUGAAAAUUUGGAUGAAGUGAAAAUUAUUCAAGAAGCAAUAAAGCAUAUAAACUAUUUAGAACAAGCAGUACUUCGACGAUUAAAUAUUAUCAAUGUAGAAACUUCAAUUGAAAACAGUAAUCUCCAUUCUUCCUCAUUGUCAUCAUCCUCCUUACUUCCAGCGUUCAUUUUUAAAUUAUUAUCUAGUCAGAAUAAUCCAUCACAAUCAAUAUCAGAAGAGAAUUUGCUUUUUCAUGCUAAUACUUCUUAUCAUAACAGGCCUCAACUAAAUAAUAAUUACAUAACUGAUGAUAAUUUUUUAUCAAAAUCCUAUGAAUAUUUAAAUUCGAAUGGUAGUACACCAUAUCAGACAGAUGAUGAUAUUGAUCAACUGGGGUAA